AUGGGUGAUAUUAUACCAGCUACGAGCAAAGAGAAGGAAGGAGGAAAACUCUUGAUCAGUUGCCCCAUGCGAACCACAACCAACUAUAUGGUUUGGGCAAUAAGAAUGAAAAUUCUGCUCAAACUUCACAAAGUAUGGGAAGCUACGGAAACUGAGACGAAUGAGGUCGAGAAAAAUAUUAUGGCGACAGCUAUUAUAUUCCAAUCAAUUCUUGUAACCUUAACACUUCAAGUAGGAGACUUGGACACUGCAAAGAAAGUUUGGGAGGCGAUUAAAACUCGUCAUGUCGGCGCAGACAGAGUAAGAGAAGCACGGUUACAAACCCUGAUGGCUGAGUUUGACCGCCUCAAGAUGAAAGAUAAAGACACCAUUGAUGACUUUGUUGGCAGGAUUUCAGAGAUUUCGUCUAAAUCAACAGCGUUAGGAGAAAACAUAGAUGAAGCCAAACUGGUUAAGAAAUUUCUUUCAAGUUUACCGCGCAAACGAUACAUUCAUAUUGUUGCAUCACUGGAGCAAAUCCUUGACCUCAACACCACCAGCUUCGAAGACAUAAUUGGACGGUUGAAAACGUAUGAGGAAAGGAUAUGCGAAGAGGAAGGAGACUCGCAGGAACAGAUUAAACUCAUGUACGGUAACUCAGAAGCCCAAUUCCAUCGAGAACAUCAAGGAGAUUACAGAGGAAGGGGCCGAGGAGGCAGUUACUACAACAGGGGAAGAGGACGAGGAAGAGCAUACUGGGAUAACAGAGAUGCAUCGAGGAUAACCUGCUAUAGAUGUGACAAGAUCGGACACUUCGCCGUGACAUGUCCUGAUCGCCUCUUAAAGUUACAAGAAACACAGGAAGGUAAAGAAGAAGAUACGGAGGAAGCUGAUGCUUUAAUGAAUGAUGAUGCAUGA